AUGGGCCAGAAAAAGAUCGAGUGCUAUAUUGACAUUGCCGCAUACAGUCGAUACGACGUCAAACGAGCUCAGCGCUACUUCGGGCACGAUUUUGAGGUCCCGAGUUUCUUCCCGAUCUUGUCGCUGCUCCCACAACGCGCCCUCACAUAUAUAAAACAAAUGUACCCAAAGGACAAAUACGAAGCGACCUUUAACUCCUGUUUUGAGUCGUUCUGGUACCGACAUAUUGACAUCUCGAAUCCCGAAAACCUCGCCAUCGCACUGGGAAACGUCUUUGAUAAGACCCAGAUCCAAGAGAUCCUAGCUGGUGCGAACAAGCCAGAGACAAAACAGGCGCUUACCGACGUAACGACCAAAGCUGUCAAGGAGCUUGGAGCGUUCGGGUGUCCGUGGUUCAUGGUGCAUGAUGGGAAAGGCAAUGUGGAGCCGUUCUUUGGAAGCGACCGGUUUCAUUUUAUGUGGGAUUAUCUUGGACUGCCGCAUGGGGAUCUAGAACUGAAGGUUCAAGACAGAGAGAAGGGGAAGCUUUAG